UACAAAAUGGUAGCCAAACUUUCCGGUGUGUCGUUUGUAAUCUUUUGCUGCUUGUAAAUGUUAUUGUUUUGUAUGAUAAAAACGUUUUAGAAUGUAAAAAUAUGAUUAAAUGUUUACCAUAACCUAAGAAAAAUAAGCUUCAAUGUCUGGAAACCAGAAUUAUUGAGGUGUAAUAAAUUCUUACACCUUUUAUUCAAAUUAUAAAUAAGGAAGGAGGUGAUAAGAAGAGCUAAGAAGAUUAAUAAACAGGAUGGCAGAGGAAAGUAGUGAAGCAAAAACUGGUGGCCAGCCAUCACCACGUAGUUCCCAGAGCUAUUUAGGAAAUAAACCCAACAGCCCACAGUCACCAAAACAACCCCGAAAGAUAAAAUUAACUGAUCAGCAGCUAGAAUCAGUAACAAAGGAGGAGUUGGCGGCCAAGUGGCGUGAACAGGACUUAUAUGUGGAGUGUCUAGAGGCACAGGCGACAGCCCAGGAAGGUGAAAUAGCUAGUUUGAGAGAAUCAGAGGACAAAUAUCGGCAGCAGUAUGCUGAGGCUUCGCAUAGAGAGAAGAUUUUAGUUAGGAGAUUAGCUUCUAAAGAGCAAGAAUUACAAGAAUACGUAAAUCAAAUCACAGAAAUGAAAUCAUCUCAAGCACCAUCAUCGACAUCUUUAAGAUCAGUUCUAUUAGAUCCUGCCGUUAAUAUUCUUAUUCAAAAAUUGAGACAGGAAUUAAUAGCCACAAAAGCCAAAUUAGAAGACACGCAGAAUGAAUUAAGUGCAUGGAAGUUUACUCCUGAUAGCAAUACUGGUAAGAGACUGAUGGCAAAAUGCAGACUUUUAUAUCAAGAAAAUGAGGAAUUGGGCCGUAUGAUUGCUAGUGGAAGGAUUGCAAAAUUAGAAGGCGAUCUUGCUCUUCAAAAAAGUUUUAGUGAAGAAGUCAAAAAAUCUCAAUCAGAGCUCGACGAAUUUCUUCAGGAUUUGGAUGAAGAUGUAGAAGGAAUGCAAAGUACGAUUUAUUUUCUUCAACAAGAAUUGCGUAAAGCACGCGAGUCAGUGACGUUGCUGCAACAAGAAAAUGCAGCAUUAAAAACAAGUUCAAGUGAAAAUAAUUUAUCAAAUGGAUUAUCGCCACAUACACCUCCAAUAAAGAAAGAAGAGGAAUCCCAAGAUGAGAUGAAGUGUGAACUAAAUACACUAGGAAUUCAUGUAGAUAAUGAAGGUAAAGAUUAUAAUAAUGACGGUUCAAGGACUCCACCGUUAAUUCCAAAGAGUUUAAACUCAGAGGAUUGUAAGACAAGUGUCUCAGACUUAAGAACUCAAGUUACUGAACAUGAUGAAAGUUCAAGUGAUUCAGCCGCGUUAAUCAUAAAAGUAGAAGAAAAUGAAGAGUUAAGCGAUCGCGAGGAUGAUGAUGAUAAUAAAGAUGGUAAAAAAAAAUGUGAAGGACAAAGGACGUUGUUGAGGACUAAAGGUGGAAGCAAUAAAAAUACUAAUAGUAGUGGUGGUAAAACGAAUGGUGAAGAUUCUUUGCGGACUAGCUGCUGCAGAGUUAGGGAUAAAAAACGAGAAAAAAGUGCUCCUGGUAGUGAUGAUGACGAGAGAAUAAGUAAGAAGAAAAGACGAGAGAGUAUUCUUUCAAUUGACUAUAAUGAAGGUGAUGAUGAUGCGCUUCUGGUUCUUACUAAUGGAGAAACACUUCAAAGCGAUCCCGAAUAAAAGGGAAAUAUUUUCUUAAUUUUUUCUGUCUUCUUUGGUGUUUAAUUUCACUACAGACUUGUUUGUUUGAUUGACGAAGGACGAUGCUUAAAGAAGUAAAUUUAAUGAUUGACAAAAAAGUAAUUCGUAAAAUUUUGUAACAAGAGUGAGCAGAAGAGUUAAUGAAUUUGUUAUAAAUAGGCAUUAUAAGCAAAUCAUUAUAAUUAAUUAUUUAAAAUUUGCUUUAUAAAUUUAUAAAUAUUCACUAUGAUAAAGGCGAAUAAAAGAAUAGUUAUGGGUACAUUUUAUUAAUGUAAAAAUGCUUUUUCGAGUUGAAAACUCAUUUCAUUUAGAUGCUAAAAAUUUAUAUAUUUCAGUACACUUCUGCUCUAUCUUGUUAUAAUUAUAUCCAUUUUUCGAUAUAAAAUCAAAGAAUGUACAAAAUGUGUAAAUGUAUCGAAAAUUUUAUAAUUAAAACU